UGCUUAGGUCUGAUCAAUCUGCUCCACACAAUUUCUCAGUGAUCCUCUGCAUCUCCGCCUACAAGGGCAUCCCUGACAGCCAAGUUCAUACUGCUCAGAAACAGUGAACUUGAGUUGUUUAUUUUAUCUUGAUCUCUCUCUGACAAAGAAAUCCAGACAAUGCGAGACCCGCUGAAGACAAUGCCUGGAAAAUGAUAGUCUUGGAAAUAACUUUGGCUAUCAUCCUGACUCUACUGGGACUUGCCAUCCUGGCUAUUUUGUUAACAAGAUGGAUACAACAUAAGCAAAGUGAAAUGUAUGUCUCCAGUUACUGUUCAGAACAAAGUGCUGGACUUCUGGACUGUGAGGAUGGUAGAGGAUCCCGACACACAUAUUCAACAGAAAGUGAGGGAUCCAAAAGAGAUUACACACCGUCAGCCAACUCUCUAGCGAUCUCUGAUAUAUAUAUAUAUUUACCUCAAGGAUCCAUGAGUAGUAUUCAAUGUAUAAAAGCAACUGAAGAACCUCUGUCCAGAACUGCAGGACCUGUUAUGCAAUUCGCAGCCCCUAUUCCUAGAGCUACAGGACCUAUCAAGCUCUCUCAAAAAACCAUUGUGCGAACUCCAGGACCUAUUGGUAAGUUGCCUGGCUCAACUGCUGGUCCACCUUCAACACCCCGUGGUCUACGCAUGACACCCAUAAUAAUUUCACAGAGAACCGCAAGUAACAUGGUGGCACCUGUAAGAAUACCUCAAGUCCACACCAUGGACAGUUCUGGAAAAAUCACACUGUCUCCUGUGGUUAUAUUGCCAGGUUACAUGGAUGAAGAACUUGCAAAAAAAUCAUGUUCCAAAAUCCAGAUUCUAAAAAAUGGAGACACUGCAAGUUCUCAGAACAGCCAAGAAAAAAACAAGGAAGCACUAAAGAAUGACAUCAUAUUUAUGAAUUCUGUUGAAUGCUUGAUAGCAACACACAUAAAGGAGCCAAAAAGAGAAGGAAAAGGCACUGAUUUCGAGAAAAACAAGAUAGGAAUGAAAGUCAAGGUAGACAGUGACACUGGAAUACCAAAAAGACAGAAAAUCCAACUAAAAAACAGUGAGAUGAGUGUACCAAAAGGACAGGAAGCCCAAAUAAAGAAGAGUGAGGCAGGUGUACCAAAGGGACAAGAAUCCCAAGUCAGGAAGAGUGAGGCAGGUGUACCAAAGGGACAAGAAGCCCAGGUAAAGAAGAGUGGGCUGGUUGUACUGAAGGGACAGGAAGCCCAGGUAGAGAAGAGUGAGAUGGGUGUGCCAAGAAGACCUGAGUCCCAAGUAAAGAAGAGUGAGUCAGGUGUACUGAAAGGACAGGAAGCCCAGGUAGAGAAGAGUGAGGCAAAUGUAUCAAAAGGAGAGGAAGCCCAAGAAAAGAAGAGUGAGUUGCAGGUACAAGGACAAGAAGGCCAAGUAGAGAAGAGUGAGGCAGAUGUGCCAAAGAAACAGGAUGUCCCAGAAAAGGAGAGUGAGGCAGGUGUACUGAAAGGACCAGAAUCCCAAGUAAAGGACACUGAAGUGAAUGUACCAAAAGAACCGGAAUCCCAAGUGAAGAAGAGUGAGUUGGGUGUACUAAAAGGACAGGAAGCCCAAGAAAAAAAGGAGAGUUUUGAAGAUAAAGGAAAUAAUGGUAAAGAAAAGGAAAGACACGCAAAGAAAGAUCCAGAUAAAGAAGAAAAAGGUGAUAAAAACACAAAAGGUGAUGAAGGAAAAGGCAAAGUUAAAGGAAAGAGAGAAUCAGAAAUCAAUGAUGAAAAAUCAAAAGACUUGAAAAGGGCAAAGGCAAGUAAAGGAAAGAAGAAAGACAAAAAAGUGGAAGAAUAA